AUGUGUGGAGCGUCACAUACCUCUUUCUCCUUUCCUGUCAGUAAUCCGUCGUUCCUGCUACCUGAUCUGCGUCCGUCCAAAUCCAUUGGCUCCUCCUUUCUCGUAGACGCGUCGAUGCAAUCAAGCGAUGAGGAUCACGCGCUUCCGUUAUCUCUCUCAACCAUAACUCCUCCAUCGUCCAAUGCUCCCCUUAACGACAUCCCCUCAUCACAGCAGCAGCACAUAGAUCGGAGGUGCUUCCAGGAAGUCGAUUUCUUUCGACCCCGCGCAGAACCUUCCGCUGUUAGACCCUCCCCGGCAUCGGUCGCUGCAACCGAGUCGGCUCCCGCCUUCGCACCCGCUACUAUCGCCGCGGCACCGGGUUCUUUGUCUCGUCAUGGGGCCCAUCGAAGUGCUGAGGCAACGACACACCCGUGUGUCGACUACUCAGUCGUAUCCGUAACACCCCAUCAGCGCCUCCCCUCGGAGCAGCAGAAACCGCCGUCGGCGGGUCGAUCCCCGUUAUUGGCGUCUUCGUUAAUGGCGUCAGUUGCCGAGUGGUCCAACGUGAUGAUGCCGCCGCCCGCAACAGCAGGGACUGCCAAGAGCCUUCUGCCAGGCUCCUCGCUCGCCAACGAUCUGCACAGACCCGUUACCGCCCUUCGCCGACCGACGCUUAACCCGUUCAGCGACAAGCCGCGGGGAGACGCGGCACCGGCGCCGGAAGCUGGCGACGGGUCGGCGAAAAGGCCUCGAUGCGAGAGCCCGUCGCAUCAGCUGCUACCCAGCCUGAGCAGCAGCACGGCCUGCACCGCCAAUAUCCGCGAUAGUAGCCACCCCGCGAUUACACGGUCUGGCCUAUCCAACCCGGCGCCACCCGUCCCAAGCAAGUUCUCCUCGGCGAAUCUCGUGCAGGAUAUUCAGAAAUCGGCGCGCGGAGACCUGUCGCUGGACCUUCCCCCGCCGUGCUGCUCCUGGAUGUGCAUCUACUUCUCCGUGCCGUGCCGCAAGAAGCGCCGCCUCGCGCCGUCCUCUACCACCAGCGGAAGGACCAACAGCGUCAGCGCGGCUGUUAGCGGAAGCAUGAUCAGCGGCGGUGGUGACAGCGGCGUAAUCAGGAGGCGGAGGGCGGCUCGCCCUGCCGCACUUCCAGCUUCAAGCGGUACCAGCCUUUCCGGCGCGGCGGGAGCUCCGCGUAACCCGCCGCGGCAGCCGGUGGGCAGGGGGGGCAUGAAGGAGGAGCGAGAGGUAUGGGCAAGGGAGGACCAAUCCAAGGCCAGCGGUAGUAAAGGCGGUGCGCAUCUGGCGAGAUGUGAGAGUGCGAACGGCGGGGAUUCGUCGGUGCACGGAGGCUUAAAUACCGUGCUGACGUCAGCGUUUGCAGCAGCACGAGGCGGUCCGUCAGCAGCACGAGAAGACGGCAUGUUUACACCGGCUUCCGAGCUGGGAGUGGGGAGCCAGCCAGCAGGCGCGUCGGCUUCCGAGCUGCUGGCGUCGUACGCGGCGUCGGGCUGCGCGUCGCCUGCUCUCCGCGCGUUCCUCGCACUCUCUCCGAACCUGUCGGCCCUGCUCAAUCCGUCCGCGCUCCCGGCUGCUGAUGGUGCGUCCACGCUGCUGAGGCGUCUUCAGAGUAUGGCGACAAGGGAUGACAAGAAGCGAGGAUUUGGCCCGCCUCCUCCCAAGGACAAGGCAGCUGGCUCCGGAUUCGUAAAUCUGACAGGUAGAGAGGACCUGAUGGCUGGUCGCAGGGAAUUCGACCUUGCCUUUUCUUCCUCCACGCCCCCCGAAGACUUGCUGGCUCAGGCUCGUGCCCGAGCCAAGGCGCGGACCAUUGCUCAAUCUCAGGCUCGGAAAGGCGAAGGGUUGAGUGGUGGGGAGGAAUCAGACGGUGAUGCGGAGGGGAGCUGGCAAGUCGACAAUGAAAUUAGAGGGGCUGAUCUAGAAAGGAACGGCAGCACUGGCUCUGUGUCUGCAAGGGCAGGGAGUGGAGUGGAUGGAAAAGCGGCUGAGCAUACCACUACUGGAUUUCCACUUACCUUUACUGGCCUUCCCUUGGAUCUGACGCCAAGUCAAACAGUGAUAUCAGCUGGCAUGCUCGCGGUAACGGCACUAGCUGUGGGGAAGGGAUCAAGUGACAUCUUGUCUGAUGAAGUCAUUUGGCUACUGCGGAGGGCAGCAACAGCAGCACUCCUCCCCCUCUCCCCUCCAAUUCUCCUCGCUGCGCGUCUCGUGGCAUCCAAGCAGAUCCGAGUUCGACCAGGCCUGCCUGCCAGAACUGGUCAUGCCACGCUGUUCCUCGCCAAGUUCUUCGGCCGCGCGGGUCUCAUGGGCUUCGUCACGGCCGUUGACGAGGGUCAACGCCCAGCGCUAUUCCAGUCGUUGCUGUUCGAGGCGUGCGGGCGAACCAUCAACCCGGUCUUCGGCUGCGCGGGGCUGCUCUGGACGGGCCAAUGGCACCUCUGCGAGUCCGCCGUCGAUACUGUCCUCCGAGGCGGCUCCAUCCACCCCAAUGCCACCGCCAGCGCUGGCGCCAAUCCAGCCGCGCCUGGAAGCGUCGCACCCGGCGCAGCGGUCUCCGCAGCAGCGCCUCCGCAGUCCUCCGCACUGCCUUCCGCGGGAGUGACGCUGCCGUCGUCUGGGUCCGUUGUGAUGGUCCCCACCCCCGCGUCCGCGCCCGCCACGUCCGGAACGACGUCCGGAACCACCGCCGUCGCCGGCGCAGGCGCGUCCUCCCCUCCGCUCCCCGUCGCUUGCGCCCCGGGGGUGGCAAACCACCGCCUUGGGAUCUCCGCGUCGCCGCUACCGGCGCUUCCGGGCGCGACGGCGGCGUCCGCGGCAUCGUCGAUGGUGCCGUUCGGAAUGCACCCGGGACACGUGCAGCACCUGCAGCAGCAGCAGCAGCAGCAGCAGCAGCAGCAGCAGCAGCAGCAGCAGCAGCAGCAGCAGCAACAGCAACAGCAGCAACAACAGCACCUGCAGCAGCAGCAACAGCAGCAGCAGCAGAUGAUGCAUCUGCAGCACAUGUACGCCGCUCAGUCGAUGUACCAACCGGCAAGCGCGGCCAUGUACCAGCAGACCAUGGGGAAUGUCGCGAUGGGGUCUGCCGCAGCGGCAACGGCGGCAGCCAUGGAUAUGAUGCAGCCCGCCGCCGCCAUGGCCUACUGGCCUUCCGCCGCGCCGGGCCCGCCGCCUUUUCCGGGUCUUUCCGCCGUAACCGGGGCCACUGCGCCCGGAUUGGCCCCCGGGAUGAUCGGCGCAGCGGUCGCGCCGUCUGCGCCGGGGAUGAUGCACGGAAUGACGAUGGCCGGGAUGCAGCCAAUGGUGUGCGGCCAGGUGGCAGGCAUGGGUCAGUCUCCGUAUAUGGCGGCGGGUCAGCCAGGGGGACCUGCGGCUGAGGCUGCAGCGGCGGCAGCGGCGGCGUAUCAACGGGCGCUGUACCAGCAGCAUUACGCGCAGCCCGCGCAUGCGCAUGCGCAUGCGGCGGCGCAAUCGGCGCAACAGCAGCAACAUCAACAACAGCAGAGUCAGCAGCAAGACGCUAACGCGCAGCAAUCUCAGGACCAACAGCAACAGCAGCAGUCGGAACAAGAUGCCGCGCAAGCGCAAGAGCAAGCCAACUGCGCGGGAUUACCCCAAGCGCUCGGCGCGCGGGCGUUCUGUCCCCCGACCACCACAGCCGUGGAUCCCCGCUCCGCCGGGUCGUGCGCGGGAGCGCGACUCACGGGCAGAAGCGCAGCUUCUCCGGGCGCCGGCGGACCUGGUGGCGCGGGGCUCUCCGCUAAAGCCCCCGCGCACAUGGGGUUCGGCGGAGGCGCUUGGGCGGCGAGUUACGGGGGAAUAGGCGCUGGGGCAGGGGGCGGAGGCGGCGCAGCGAUGCUCAACGGCCCGACUCCAGUUGGGGGCAUGUGGGAGGCCUCCGCGGGAACUAGCGCGUUCGCGAUCCCCAUCCCCGCCGCGUUUCAACCACAGCCGUUCGCGAAAGCGGGGCUGCUCGCCCCUGCGCGUCUGUCCGGAUCGACGGUGUGCCAGGCGCAGAGCCCGUCGGGGUGCCUGUCGCCCGUCACGAGCGGAACGAGCGGGACGAAAACGAGUCGCAGCCCCGAGGAGACGAGCCCCUGCGGAAGCCCGCCGCUGGUUGCGCCCGUCGCGCGGCGGCCGAAGCUGGUGCACUCGCCGAUUUCUGCGGCUGCGAGAUUUGUGCCGCGCGGAGCAGGAGUUUCCGUCCCCCGCACGGAUUUUGCGCCGGGUGUGGGAGUGGGUGGUGAGUGGGAAUCCAUGGGCUCCCCGAGUGCUGCAGAGGGUUCGCAGGGGGGUCAGAGGCGGUCGAUCGAGGCAAUAGAGGCGGGGACAGUAGAGGCCGGCGCGAUGGACGAUCGCACUAAGGGCCUGGUGCUGGCGGUGACGUCGAGCGUGUUCAUCGGCGGCAGCUUCAUCGUCAAGAAGAAGGCCCUCCGCAUGUCCGCCGUCUCGGGUAUCAGAGCCGUGGUGUUGGGAGAGUUUGCCAACUUUGCAGCGUACGCCUUUGCACCAGCCAUCCUCGUCACACCGCUGGGCGCGCUCAGCAUCAUAAUCAGGUGCCCUCAGCAUCCUCGUCAGGUGCCCUCAGCAUCCUCAUCAGGUGCCCUCAGCAUCCUCAUCAUCAUUGCACUGUUUUGCAAGCCUACCGUGUUCGUAGAUGCUGCUAUGUUUGUGUGCAGCGAUACCCGUUUCUUUUCUCAACUCUCUUUCACAUUUCUCAUGUCAAUGGUCGCCUUCCUGUCUGUCUCUUGUUGGCCUCCACUUUUCUCACUUGUCUCCCUUUCUCCCUCUCUGUCCCCUCCCCAUCAAAACCUCCCCACCCCCUGCCAUUUUGGCAGCGCCAUACUAGCGCACAUGCUGCUGGACGAAAAGCUGCACGUGCUGGGGUGGCUGGGGGCGACGCUGUGUGUGGUGGGGUCCAUAGCCAUCGUGCUGCACGCCCCCCAGGAGAAGGACAUCGACAACGUCAAGCAGCUCUGGGCGCUCGCCACUGAACCAGCGUUUGUGAGCUACUCAGUGACGACGCUGGCAAUCAGUGUGUUCCUCAUCUUUGUGCUGGCGCCACGCUACGGCUCCACCAACGUCCUCGUCUACCUCGCCAUCUGCUCGCUGCUCGGCUCCAUCUCCGUGGCGAGCUGCAAGGCCCUAGGGAUUGCAGUGAAGCUGACCCUGUACGGAGACAACCAGCUCUUCUACCCUGAAACCGCCUUCUUCGCCGUCGCCCUCGCUGCCUGUGCUGUCACACAAAUCAACUACCUCAACAAGUCGCUAGACACGUUCAACACAGCAGUGGUGACGCCCAUAUACUACGUCAUGUUCACCACGCUCACCAUAGUGGCCUCUGUGAUAAUGUACAAGGACUGGGCGGGGCAGACAGGGGAGCAGGUGCUCAUGGAGUUCUGCGGCUUCCUCACCAUCCUCAUCGGCACCUACCUGCUCCAUGCCACAAAGGACUUUGCGGGAGACUCCUCCCGCCUGCACCUCUUCGACCCCUCUGCUCGUACGUGCUCUCCCUUCCCCUUCUCUCCUGUGUGCUCUCUCUUCCCCACGUCGUCCCUCACUAUAGUGCACCACCAUUUCACGCCUGCCAAGAACCCGACAGCCCUCAAGGGGCACAUAGGGCUGGGCACGAUGCCAUCUGGGGGCUCCAAGGAUGAUAAAGACGACCUUGACCCCGAGGCCAAACCGCUGCUGUGA